AUGGUGGAAAUGUACCUCCCGCGAUGCCAGGGCAAGAUGGUGGCCCUCGGACUGCGUGGUAUCGACGAGCUGCCGGAAGAUGUACGGCUGUUAAAAGACGCGGAAAAGGAGCUGGAGAAUUCCAUUUUCCACCUUGAAAGGUCAACCACGGAGCUGAAAGAGGAAGACCCGAAUGACCCAGUGUACGCGGAAGCAAUCAAAGAGAACGAGGUCGCACUGGAGGUGAAGCAAACCCGCCUGCGACAUGUUCGAGAAAAGAUUUCUGUGUUGAUGUCCCACGGUCAAUCUGCUACGUGCUGCUGUGCAAAUUCUUGUCCAGCCGCUACCUCCCCUCCUGUGCCGCCGGCUUCCGCUCCUUCCUGUCCACCCUUCACCUCUGCGACGCUUCGUGACCAAACUCCGAGUGCCUUUGCCAGGUCGUGUGAACAACAGCCUUUUUUGGAGCACAGGAUACAUGAAGGAGCAGCGAGUGUGGCGGCCGAGCAAGCAUGCGUUCAGGGAGCAUCGCUUCUUGAGGAGUUCCGUUCUGUACGGGUGGGUGGUGAGGCCGUAGACAGGGGACAAGUGAGGAGCGUGAGUGAUCCUGUAAACGAUUAUGGUGACAGGAACCCGGACUCUCCGAGUGCAGUGACCGGGUUGCACGAAACCGGUCACCCAUCCUUGCAAGACGACGAGAGGCAAGGCCUGCGUUUGCCUACCGGUGAAACCGCCCAGGGCAUCUUCCUUUGA